AUGGGGAAGAAGGCGAAAAAGCUAAAAACCCUUACCGGGAACGGCUCCCGCGAUAUUGCCGACCUCCUACAGCCGCGGCCUAGGCCCAAAAUGGCGCCGCACAUAGACGCCUAUUCUACAUCUUCUGAGGAAGAAACCCUAGACGCACCUGAUGAAAUCCCCUGUCCAGGGAGCAUGAACAGCCCUCAAAGAGAGGAAGACCUAACAGCCCCAGCUACAAAAGGGGACAUCAAAGCUCUAUUGACGAACAUAAGAGCUUUCUUCAAUGCAGACUUGAAUAUUAUGCGUGAAGAUAUCACAGUGGUGACAGCAAGAAUGCAGGCUAACGAGGAUGCCAUAACCUCCCUAGCCCAAAAGCAAGAAAGCACCAACGAACACUUGCUACAGCUCCAAGCAUCACACAAAAGCAUGCAG